GCCCCCUCUCUUAGGAGCCCGUGACGUUAGUGAGUGGUAACGGGGCAGUACAGAAAGGAAGAAGUUAAGAUGGUUCUCAUCAAGGAGUACCGUGUGGUUUUACCUUGCAGUGUCGAAGAGUAUCAAGUGGGUCAGCUGUUCUCUGUGGCUGAAGCAAGUAAAAAUGAGACAGGGGGUGGUGAUGGCAUUGAGGUCCUCAAGAAUGAGCCAUAUGAAAAAGAUGGAGAGAAAGGACAGUACACGCACAAAAUUUACCAUCUAAAGAGUAAAGUCCCAGGAUUUGUCAGAUUCCUAGCCCCUGAAAGUGCCCUGGUUUUCCAUGAAAAAGCUUGGAAUGCCUACCCCUACUGCAGAACCAUUGUGACGAAUGAAUAUAUGAAAGAUGAUUUCAUGAUUAAAAUUGAGACGUGGCACAAACCGGACCUUGGAACACAAGAAAAUGUGCACAAACUGGACAGUUCCACAUGGCAGAACGUAACAGUGGUGCCCAUUGACAUUGCAGACAGAAGUCAAGUGGCCUCUGCUGACUACAAGGCAGAUGAGGAUCCUGCCAUUUUCAAGUCAGUCAAGACUGGGAGAGGACCUCUUGGUCCCAACUGGAAGACAGAGCUGGGUAAUAAACCUGAAUGCCCAAAGAUGUGUGCCUACAAAUUAGUCACAGUCAAGUUCAAGUGGUGGGGCCUGCAGACCAAAGUGGAGAACUUCAUCCAUGAGCAAGAGAAGCGGAUUUUCACUAACUUCCAUCGCCAGCUCUUCUGUUGGAUCGAUAAGUGGGUGGAGCUAAAUAUGGAUGAUAUACGGCGGAUGGAGACAGACACGCAGAGAGAGCUGGAUGAGCUUCGCAGGAAGGGUGACGUGCGAGGAACCAGUGCUGCAGAUGAAUGAAAAGGAUUUUAAACACCCACGAUGACAGCAGUGAUGAAGUCUGCUAAGCGGGCUCCUUUGGUGCCACUUUUUACUCUAACUGAAUCAGGCUGUGGAGGAUGGAGCACUGCUACCUGCAAUCAAUAGAGCAGAUCCCCGACUUUAACCCAAUCGUAGACAUUCUAUCCAGUGAGGAAUUGAUUUAAAGAAACCAAUACGAUCCUAGCUGAUGAGACUCUAGUAAAUUUUGAUUUUUGGACGGAAAGGCCAGCUAUGGCCAUCAGGCUAUCGAGACCUAGUCUUCUGGAGAGAUGCAAAGAAAAGCUAUUUGCAGUAUUUGAAAACAAAAGCAAAUUCAUCAGCUUGAUUCCACAGUGGCAGGUGUUGGACCAAAUAUUUCCAGCCCUUUCUUUUUCUUUCUUUUUUUUUCCCCUCCCCCAAAAAGAAACAUUCCUCACAGAUGAUGCCCUCUAUGACCUCUCUUUGUCUCUCCCUCGCUCAUAACUGUACACACUGUGACUCAGUGUGUGGUUUGCAUUCCCUGGCAGGAGACUGUUUGUCAUGCUCAUGUUCUUUCCUGCCAUAGCCUCCAUUAAGCGAUUACUAACAGCCUCAGUGUCUUGGCCCAUUGUAAUCCUUCUCCCAUCACCCCACCUCACUGAAGCACUGCAUCUUAUUAACACUGACAAUCAUGUCUGUACAGGUAUUCACUCUCACUCCCACAUACAGAUGUAAUAGGAACCCUGCGCAUGCACGCAUAUGACACAUACAUUGCGCACAUGAGGAUAAACAUGUCAGUUCAUUCUUACGCAUACACAUGCUCACAGGUGUGGAUGCCUUUUUGUGCUGACUGAUCUUUGAAAAACUCAAGCAGGGGCAGAUCCUUGCGAGCUCGUUCAGCUAAAGGAUGUUAUUUUUCAAUGUGUUUACAGCGCUCACUGAUGCCCCCCCCCCACCCCACCCCA